AUGAAACAUCUUGCAUUUGCUCUGUCCGUAAAUCAAACUCUAAUUGAAUUAGAUCUCUCAUAUAUUCAAAUCCAUGAACAAGGAAUGCGAUAUUUGAGUGAUGGUUUACGAAGGAAUCGAUUGAGUUUUUACAAUGUGAAUUCGAUUCAGACGCUUAUCGAACUUGUACUUUCAUAUAAUCGUCUCGGUGAUGCACUUCGCGAGAACAAAACAUUAACUAUACUUCUGAUGCGAAAAUGGAAAAAUCUGGGACUUACCAGUCUUGCUCUACCGGAAUGUGAAAUUAAUGAUCGAGGAGUUCAUCAUAUUGCAAAUGCCUUACGAAAAAAUCGAACACUCACUUAUAUAUGUUUAAUGGAAAAUCAAAUUGGGGAUCAAAGCGCACAUCAUCUUGCUGAUGCUUUACAUCGCAAUCAAACGCUAACAGAAUUAUUUUUCUCAAAAAAUCGAGUUGGUAAUGAAGGGUCGCAAUAUCUCGCUAAAGCAAUAAGAAAAGCUCUAACAUUGCAAAAACUGUUCCUCUCAGGAAAUCGCAUAAGUGAUCAACGAGUACAACAUUUUGUUGAUGUUGUCCAAUCGCGACAGAUAACACUUAUUUUUACAUUUACAUUUUCAAUUGUCGAUUCAGACACCAAUCAAAGUAUAUCAGAACACAUUCAUAUUGUAAUGGACAAAAGUAUUUCUCUUGUAAAACGCAAUUGUGUAUCCUUUAUUAUUUGA